GGCUACGAGCCCCGUUAUCGGGAGCUUGCCCGAGUCGUCAAGGGUGAGUUUCCCGAUGCGGAUGUGUCGGGCUUCGUUGGCCGGAAAGCCAGCUUUGAGAUUGAAAUCAACGGGCAGCUGGUUUUCUCGAAACUGGAGCUCGGAGGAUUCCCAUAUGAGGAUGACGUAAUGGAAGUCAUCCAGAAAGCUCAUGAAGGCAAACCUCUGACAAAGAUCACCAAGAGCCAAGCGCCAUGUGUCAUCAUGUAGACAAACAGGUGUGAAUGGAACAAAGCUGGCUUUCCCCAACAGUGUCCUGAUUGAAGUGUGUGUGUGUGGGGGGGGGGGG